ACAUGAACAGCAGACACUUGACGGACUGGCCCUUCCGUUCAGCUGAGCUCAGCGUCACGCCACACAAGCUAACGGCCGUCACGUGACGAGUAGCACCGGACCGGAAGUAAGGAAACACAACUCCUUUUCGCUCUCUGAAAACAAGGACCUCGUUGUGCCAAAGCGAAAUCAUAGGACUCACAUGCUUUGGAGCAGAGAGAGUGAGAGAUCACAGUGAAGGAUAGGGUUGGUCAGAAGCAAAGAACAAGACAGGGGAGCCGACUGAAGUCAUCUCGAGCUGGAUAAGGACUUCAGAAGUGGACUAGACUGGACCAGACUGGAAAGGAUACCUGAACAUGGAGAAUGGCAAAACGGAGAGAGAGGAACAGACGGAAGGAGUGCCAGAAGACAGAGAAGAAAAUGUGGAGGAGGCUAAUCUAGAGAUUGCUCAGCUGCAGGGCCUGGUGGCUGAGCUGCGCGAGGGGCUCCACGCCGCCCUGACGGAGCUGUGCGAGCUGCGCCACAGGGACCACGGUCUGGAGGAGAAACUCCAGGCACAUCAGACCGAUGUGGAUGACAAGAUAAUGGGCCUCAAGAACUCCCUCAACACUUUCAAGGAGGAGCUGAAUGUGGCUUUGUUCCACAUAAAGGAUGUUUCCAGCAGACAGAGAGAGGUGCAGAGGAGGUUAGAAGUGCUGCAGUCAGAAAACACCAGAGACAUCAUCUCCGUUCCACACAGUAGAAAGAGCUCAAAGGCAGAUCUUCUGACAGCAUCAGGGGAUGAACACAUCUGUGUGCCGAGCCCAGCGGAGCUCAGUGUUAUUCAACAGUUCUUCUCCAGCCUGCCACACAGCGGCUCGCCACAGAGGAGCAACACAUCCACACACACCUCGACCUCUGAGCAGGAGGCUCAGCAGCAGCAGCAGCAGAGAGGUUGCCCGUCCAAAUCUCCAGCGUGGGUCGACAGGAAGAACAGCAGAGAUGAUUCAGAGACAACAGCCAACAGCCCCACUGAAAACAAUACGAGGCAGAGGGUGGCUCUGGAGCUGCUGGAGUCAGAGAGAGUUUAUGUUUCUCACCUGUCUCUGCUACUGAAGGCCAACAUCUCCUUUAAUGGAUCAGAGGCUCUGACUCCCAAAGACAAACGUCCGUUUCCCAGCUCUCUGAGGUUUCUGAUCCAGCAGCACCUUGAGCUCCUUCAUACUCUUCAGGAACGUGUGCUCAAGUGCCAGUGGCAAGGCAUCAUGGGAGAUGUGUUUAUGAGGCUCACCAGCAAAGAGAGUGAUUUCUUGGACUUCUAUGUGUCUUACCUGAAGGAGCUUCCAGACUGUCUCUCAGUCGUCAGCAUGCUCGCCUCCAGCUCCAUGAAAUCUUCUGCCUUCCUGGAGAGUGAUAUAAUGGGCGAUGAAUCCAAACCUUCCCUCUACACGCUGCUCCUUCAGCCGGUUCAGAGGAUCCCCGAGUACCUGCUGCUGCUGCAGGGGCUGCUGAAGCAGACAGAGGCAGAGCAUCCAGACUACUACCUGCUGCUGGUCUGCAUCCAGCAGUUCAGGUCCUUCACGGCUCAGUACCACCACCUCCUCCAGCACAACCAGGAGCUUCUCCUGCACAACCGCAAGGAGGUGAAAAGGUCGACCAUGAAACAGCUGCUGAAGACAGUGGAAAGUGGAAUUCAAACUAACAACAUUGGCUCACCGUACCCUUGCUCUAGUGCCAUGCUAGAACAUGCUAACCAGGUGAAGCGGAGCAAGCAGCGUCUCCUGGAGCAGAUCCAGUCACAUCGCUUCCAAGAGUGGGAUCAGGAACAGCAUCCAGAAAGUCCUUGUUACGACGCAGAGUGGCCGUCCCAGCUCCCGUUCUUCAGCUCCGACCUGGACGCACGGAACCACAAACCAACAGGUCUUGGCAGCAUCCCAGAGAGCGUGGCAUCUGAGAGGUCCAUCUCCUGCCAACACAAUCUGCCCUCCAGACCUGCAGACUUCCAUCAAGUCCAGCCGGGCUCUGCGCUGGCCGACGCCCUCGGAGAGUUCCUCCUCCCUCCAGAUCCUCCAGGCAUGGAGAGGCUCUAUGAAGAGGAGAGAGGCUCCUUCCAUGAUGUCUCCAUGUUCGACCACUGCUCCUCGGGCUCAUCAGAUUCCUCCAUCGACAUUGCCUUUGUGAAGUGCUCCAAAGCGCCCUCAGCUUCCCAUCAUGCAAUGGCAGCGAAUGUCUCAACAACUCGUGAUGUCUUUGGCAACGGUAGAAGCCAAGGUAAUGGUUACAGCAAGCUGCCCAACCGAGGGUGUGCGUCUCCGGAUGAAGCUGUGAUGAUGCGCCGCAAUCAACACCGCCCCCUCCAGGCCAGCCAGCGUAAGAGCAAGUCACUGAAUGGCCUCCAGAUGGUCUCCACAGUGAGUGGUCUGGAUGGUGCUCCUCUGUCAGACCACCUCCACAGGGUGGGACUGGGCAGCCAUGCCAAGUUGGAGCGGCAGGGCAGUAAGGGCAGCAAGGGGUGCCCUACCCCCUCCCAUAAGGUCCAUACCCCGCUGGGGAACAGAGUCGAUACCGACAAACAGAGCGAAGAUCUUCACGGGCUGCUCAGCAUUGACUCCGGGUUCCAAUCAUGGGGGGACGAGGCAAAGUGGAGGAGCGGGACAGAGGAGAAUAACAACACGCCCUUCAGCGAGAGGAGUCGGAAGCAGGACAAAGGAGGCUUCAGGAGCUCGUUCAAGAAACUCUUCAAAAAGAAGAGCGGUGAUGAGAAGAAAGAGAAGGGAGGUGAGAAAACACCAGAGAAGCAAAACAACGGUGACGCUUCAGGGAAAAAUCCCGCCUUGGUACAUCUGGAGAUGAACCGUGGCACAGCUGUAUGAACACCACUUUAUCACGCACACACACACACACACACAGACAAAAUAAGUCCAUUACAGUUGUUUUUCUAUAUAUACAUCUGCUAUAUAAAUGCUGUUAUGUAAACAGGUAUAAGUCUUGUAAGCUAAGCAACUUCUCCUCGAAUCAUUUCCAAGUGUAAAUGUGAUUUUUUUAGACGAGAGACAGAAGUCCUUCCCCGUGUCUUUAUCCUGAGGGAAAGCACCUGACGUGGCUGAAAUAAACAGCACAGACGGUUGAAUUCUUGCUCAUGUUUUGUGUUGUUUUGACAGUCUCGGUAACAGUAUUAGUCGCCAAAAUGAAAAUGUUGUUUUGAGCCCACGUAGAUUAAAUUAUGACAGAAGUAGGUUAAAUUAAAGACUAAAUGAAGCUUGUUGUGGUUACAAACUCGACCACUAGAGGGCAAAGUGAGAGACUAUCCACCCCCGAACUUUGUGUAAAUAGCUCUGCUCUACAUUUAGUUUCCAGUUUAUAAUAACUUGCUCCUUUCUUUUCCUCUUGUGUAAAUUUCGGUAUCGACAGAUGUUCCCCACUUCCUCUUUCAUCAGGGGAAAUGGCAGAUGUUCUGAAUAUGAGGAGUGUUCCUAAUUUAACAGGUUCUGACACUCAUUUUAAUGUGUUUAUCUGAGAAAGCCUGCUUUGUAUUUUAAGCUAUAAUCAGACAUUAUUAUAUUGUGCAUUUACUCAGGAGAAUAAACUGUUAUUUGUGUGUA